GUUGGCAGGAGGCCUGUUGAAAUUAUUUGACUUUUCUGUUUUUUUUCCUAGAAUAUGCAGGUCGGACAGGAAGGCAUCAUUUGGAAAAGAAAAGCGGUGUUAUCCAGAAGAGUUGGUGCUGCUUCUGUGGAGAAAAAACAGAGCAUCCUAAUAUUGCUGAUUUUGUCGCUCUAUGUGGCCAUGUGGAUAUCAGAAAAAAGCGCAGACAGCACAAAAGGGAUCCAAGAAUGCAAUUACUCUAGGAGUCAUGAAGCUUCCAAGAGCUUUGAUGAUCAAUUCAAGAAUCAACCAAAGGAACCAGUGAGGGCUAUGGGACUAUGGUUGAGAGAGAACCUGGACACCCUUCAGGAGAGAAUGGAACAAGAAGUAAGGGCCCUGGAACAACGGGUGAAAGACCUGGAAGAAUGGCUAGAUUAUCACUUACGGGAUCUAGGGCCAGAUGAAAAGUGUGUAACCCUCACGAAUCACUUAUGAGCAUUCUGGCGAUGAAGCUGGAAUGGCCUAUUCAUGGAGCUGAUGAAAACACUUCUGACUGCAAUGCAAUAUGACAAGAACAGGCUUGGUUACUAACUGCUCUAUGUGGUAAAACAAAGAAUAAAAUAAUUUGAAAACCAAGCAGAA